AGCCGUCAGCAACGUCAAACCUUACGCAUCAUGAACGCUCUCAUCAAAUGGCUUUUUGUCACUUUCAUUUUAUUGUUUGGCAUAAUUGUUCGAGAGAAUGUAGCUCAAUUUAUACCUCCUACACCCAGCGUGGAACCUCUCUCUCCUAAAGGAUUACGAAUGUCCAUUCCUCACGAGGAUGGUAUCAGUUUGGUCGCGUAUCACGUUAAAGUGAACGAAGAUUUCAACGGCCUCGAGGCAGGAUUUAUUGCCAGGGACAUUAUAAAGACCAAGAAUGACCGCUGGACAUACGAAGAUAAAACGACGAGAUUGAAACGAGGCGAUAAAAUUUACUAUUGGAUCCACGUCGUUUACGAUGGCCUCGGUUACAAUUUACUCAAUAAGGAAUACGUGGUUAACGAUUUCUACAAUUACGACGGAAGUCCUGUGAACAAUAAUGUUAUAAUUAGCAAAGUCUGUGAAACACCAUCAGAGACGAAAGUAUUCCAGACUGUGGGGGCAAAUCAGCAGUUGAAACGACAAAAUACCUGUCCAGGGCAAUUAAUCUUCGAGGAGGACUUCAAUCUGCUUAAUACGAGUCGUUGGUUGAUCGUCGAACGAUUCGUAGACAUCCCCGCCACCGAGUUUGUUGUAUACAUGAACACUAACGACAACGUGGAAGCCAAGGGAGGCGUUCUACAUCUUAGACCAAUUCUUAUGAGGGACAAGUACGGAGAAGAAUUCAUAGGAGACGGUACUUUAAAUUUAGAAAGAUGUACGGGUAACCUUGGAACCGUAGAUUGCAAAAGAACCGGAUUGGGUGCCCAAAUUCUACCGCCUAUAAUAUCAGGACGUGUGAAUAGUCAGCCGUCGUUCACGUUUUUGUACGGACACGUUCAAAUUCGUGCUAAACUGCCGCGCGGUGAUUGGAUUUAUCCUCUGAUCUCUCUUGAGGCCAGAGAGAAAUAUACAGAAAAUUCGUCGCUAUUCUGCGACAUCGUAGUGGCUCAUUCGAACGGAAAUGCUGUACUCAGAUCGUCAGAGGGAUACGAUUUGAGCGGAUACGUUCUUUGGGGCGGUGCUCACGCGAUCAACAUAGGUCAGAGUAAGAUCCAGGACAAUCGGGCGAGCCUCCCCACGAAGACCUCGAACUCACUGUGGUCUGACGAUUACCACGUGUACGAUUUGGUAUGGAGGAGCGGUAGAAUCACGGUUAAAGUUGACGGAGAACAAUACGGCGAGCAAAAAGUGCCAGCGUUGUAUGACACUCCAGUCAGUAUAAAUCUGGGUGUAGCCGUGGGAGGCAGCGUCACCUUCCCAGAUGGAAGUGUCAGCGACAGAUACAUGAAACCCUGGCGUAACGAAAAAUCAAAGGCAUUCUUCGAAUUCUAUCAGGCGAAGAACAAGUGGCUCGAGACCUGGAAGAACAAAGACAAUGGUCUUCAUAUAGACUAUGUGAAAGUGUGGGCAAUCUAACAAUCAUAAUCCCAACUUCUUAAUCACACUUCAAUAUAGGAACACAUCCUUUAAAUACUCCAUUGUCUCGCUUGUUUCUAUC